AUGAAUCCUGAUAUUAAAGAUCGCGACUACAUGUACCGUUUGAUCAUCGGUCAGCUCUUUUACGAUGGUCAUCAACAACUUGCUCUAUCAUUAGCCCAAACAAUAGGAUGCUCAUCUCAGCCUCCUCCACCAUCCGACAAGUUGUUUCGGUUAGUCUCUAUUGCCAAGCAAUUCGUAGACGAUCCUGAUUCCAAAGACAAGGAGACGUCCAUUCAAGCAUUGUCUAGUGGAUUGGAUCUUGAGUUUGAUGCAGACAUAGUUCCGUCUUCACCCGAACCAUGUAUGUAUGAAACCAUUUACUUGACAUCCCACAAAGCAGCAUGUCGUGCUGCAGCUUUCAACGCUGAUGGAACACUCGUAGCAACAGGAUCUGCAGAUUGUUCUAUCAAAAUUCUAGAUGUAGACCGUAUGAUAUCCCGUGAUAUGCGAGGUGAUCAGAGUGAAGGUCCUGAUUCUCAACAUCCUGUAAUUCGUACUUUAUACGAUCACAUUGAUGAAGUGACGACUGUAGCAUUCCAUCCUAGAGAACAAAUCUUAGUAUCAGGAUCUAACGAUAAAACUGUUAAAAUGUUCGAUUACUCAAAAACUGCCGUCAAGAGAGCUAUGAAGACUAUCUCUGAAGUGUAUCCCGUCAGAGCCAUAUCUUUCCAUCCGGGAGGGGAAUACCUUCUCGUAUCCACUGAACACCCUACUCUGAGGUUGUAUAAUGUAGAAACUGCUCAAUGUUUUGUGAGCGCAAAUGCCGCCGAUCAACAUAGGGACAUAGUUUUAGACGUUAAUUAUUCUGAUAAUGCCAGGUUAUUCGUCACGGGUUCGAAGGACGGAGAUGUCAAAAUUUGGGAUGGCAUUUCUAAUAGAUGUAUUGAAACUUUUGCCAGAGCUCAUGAUGCUGCUGCUAUUUGCUCAGCAAGGUUCACUAGGAACGGAAAGUAUAUUCUAACUAGUGGAAUGGACAGCAUAGUCAAGUUAUGGGAGUUAUCAACUAAUAGGUGCUUGAUUGCUUACACCGGAGCUGGAGCAACAGGAAUUCAAGAUUUUCCAGUACAUGCAGCCUUCAACCAUAAUGAAGAUUACGUUCUUUUCCCUGAUGAAAAGUCAGGAAGUAUGUGUUCAUGGGAUGCCAGAAACUCUGAUAGGAAGCGGUUAUUGGCCUUAGGACACACUGCUGCUGCCCGAGCUUUCGUUCACUCACCUACCAUGCCGGCUUUCGUAACAGGAAGUGAUGACUUCAGAGCUCGCUUCUGGUAUAAGAAGGGAACUGGAAUAUUAUAA